AUGCGUCGUGUCAUUGAACAGGUAAAACUUCUCGGUAUAACUGGAAUCAAAAUGGCUUAUGGUAGUAAUGACUUCUUUCACCCUGCAAGUGAUAACUAUAUAGAUUUGGAAAUCCUCCUCUUGCUAUAUGCUGAUGAUUUGGUCACGGUGCGUAACAAUGCCACUGAUCUUGAACUCUUCAUUCAAUGCUUUGAACAAGUGACACAACAAUUCGGGCUCACAAUGAGUGUAAAGAAAACAUGCGUCAUGUCCCUCAAACAACUACAACGAGAUCUUAUAACAAACAAAGUCAUCAAAGAUCAAGAAAUUGGCAACCAAAAUCUGACAAUAACCAUUCGGAACGAAAAAAUUAAAACUGUCAACGAUUUUCGUUACCUCGGAUGUUGUGUAACAAGAGAUCAAUCGAUCGAGAAAGAACUUGAAACAUGUCUUGCAAAAGUCUCAAGAGCAUUCAAUAUGUUACGUCAUGUUAUCUGGUGUAGAAAAACCGUUUCAAUUCAAGCAAAAUUGCGAAUUUUUCGCGCUUGCGUUCUUCCGGGUCUCCUCUAUGGCAGUGAGAUAUGGUCAACAACAGCAGCACAAGAACAACGUCUCAAUACCUUCUAUCUCAAAUGCCUGAGAACUAUAAUUGGAAUCAAUUUGGAUGAUCGUAUGCCAAAUGAACAACUUCUACAACUCACUGGACAACCACAUCUAAGCAAUAUCCUCAGUAGAAAUCGGCUUCGUUGGUUGGGACACGCAAACAGCAUGCAAACAGAAGACAACAUACCAUCCAUGGUCAAAAAAGCCAUGUUUGCAUACUUUCCUCAAACAGCCAAACCACGAAAUGUCGGUAACCGAAAAAAAUGGAAAGACAAACUCAGCGAAGAUGUACAAAAAUCGAAUAUUCGGAAUUGGCGAC